UGGUUUCGUCUAGUCGUGCGUUUCAAGGAAUAUCGUGAACGAAUAAUCAGCGAAAUGUUUCGCUAAAUUGCUUUCACGUGGUGCGCUCUACGGUCGAGAAAUUUAUUUUGCGAGAGACAGUGAUAAGAGUCUGUCGUCGGCUGACUUUAGGUUAGGUUGACGCGAAUGAAACAAACAUGUACUUUAAACCGUAUCGGAACCUGUUUUCCGUCUGCACGAGGCACAUACAUAGCAAUGUCUCUCGCGUUUUGUUUAAUCGAUACUAUGACUCCGCUCACAACAAAAAUCUACGUUCAUCGCGUUUGUAUUGGAGCGGCUUUGGUGUACUGAUUAUUGGAUUAAGUUAUGCCGCAGUACCUUUGUACAGAAUCUUUUGUCAGUCCUACAGUUACGGGGGUACGCUAUCCGCUGGUCACGAUAGCGAAAAAGUGAGCACGAUGCAACCCGUUCACGAAAGAGUCAUAAAAGUGUCGUUUAGCGCGGACACUGCGGCAACGAUGCAAUGGAACUUCAAACCCCAACAACAAUUUAUAAAAGUUCUUCCCGGAGAAACCGCUUUAGCCUUCUACACUGCCAAAAAUCCAUUGAACGAAGCCAUUACCGGCAUAUCUACUUAUAACGUGGUGCCGUUCGAAGCCGGCCAGUAUUUUAAUAAAAUUCAGUGUUUCUGUUUCGAGGAACAACAACUUAAUCCUCACGAGGAAGUGGACAUGCCUGUGUUCUUCUACAUCGAUCCUCAAUUUGCCGAAGAUCCUGGAAUGCAGAAUGUUGACGAAAUAAUACUAUCGUACACAUUCUUCGAAGCUAAAGACGGAAUGAAACUACCAAUAAUGAAUUAUCUAAAAGGCCAAUGAUUGUAACGACAAAGGACACGUUAGGUUUUAAACAUGAAAUAGACUUUUAUCGUU